CAAGAAGCAACACAAGUCAUUCGGCGCCAAAUCAGAGAAACAGCCGACAACCGUGCCUUCACUGCAGUACCAGUCAAACAAAGGCAGCACCUGUUUCUCCCGCUGGGUGACGCGGUAGCUAGCUAGCAACGAUUGCUGGUUCAUUGGCAUUGGACCGUCUCUUUACUUCAAUAGCUAGCUUGCUAAACAAGUUGGCAUAUUGCUUGCUUUGGUGUAUUGGUCGGCCCCUGGACGCGUGACAUGCCCGUGUUUGUAGAAGACCCCGCUCAGUUCUCCAAGCCGAGACUGAAGUCGGAGUUAAUAGCCCACAAAGUCACCCUGCCUGCGGUGGAGAGCAAGAAGCAAGUUUAUGUGGAACUAUAUUUGAAACAUAUCGUUCAGAAAAGUGCUGCAGAUUUCUCUAGUGAUGAGGAAGAUGACGAUGUUGUGGAAGUACAGGACAGUCAGGACUUUGAAGAGGAGAAAGAUCCAGAGAUGUUAGACCCCAGUGUACUGACAGAUGAUGAGCUUAAGACCACACUACUCAAAUAUGGAGUGGAAGUUGGACCCAUUGUAGCCACCACUAGGUCUAUAUAUGAGAGGAAGUUGCAGAGGCUACUAAAACCUGCCCAGCCCAGGCAGAACGGUGGCACAGGGGAUGCAGACCAGUACUCAGACAGUGAAGGGGACGAAGAGUCAGUUUCACAACAAGGAAGCCCAGAGACGGUUUCAUUAAUGGAGGAAAACCUGCACGUUGACAUGCGGAUGGUACCACACUCAUGGAAUAAUAAAAACACGGAAUAUCGCUAUCAUCAGUGUUUUAUGCCUUCGUCCAGAAUGGUGUCGCCCCAGUCUGUGUCUCUGAGAUGUGGUUGUGAUGUUGACUCCUCUUUGUCCUCUAAGAGCUUCAGCAUUACUCAAAUGGUGGAGGAGUUUGAGAGUCGGAUCCCUCUCUCCAGUAGUGGACCAGAAAUCAAGCGAGGGAACAACAGGAGUAGUAAUCAAGGACCUUGCCCCAGGCCCUACUGGCAGGAAGUGGCGACGGUGGACAAGUAUACGAUGACUAACAGAUCCCUAUUCAUCACCCCUAAGACAUCCCUUUUCAAACGGCAAAUCAAGGAGCCAGUCACAGAUGUUCUGAUGGAGAUGUUCCCAGAGACAGAACCCACACCAACUGGCAUUGCUGCCACCCGUCGGAGGCCUAUCAAGGGUGCAGCGGGGCGACCGGUCCAGUUUAAAUACCCAGACCUCCCUGCUAGUCCCAUGACCCUACAGCGAUGGGCAGUGGAGCAUCGCCUGGUUCCUCUGUGGGUCCAGAUCCUGGUCUUCUUCAUCCUGGCCUGUCUCCUCUACCUCAUCUAUGCUGCCAUGGAGGAUAGCUUGGCCAAUCCCUUUGUGACUUUGCUGGACAACCUCAGCAUGGAGACGGGGACGGAGACUGAGGGGCUGUCCCUCCAGGCUGAACCCUAGGAUAUUCCUCUGCUCGUUCUCUAGGGAGGCAUAAUUCCCCUGCUCCUCCUCAAUACUCUACACAUUGGUUUACAGUUGUUGUGCGGAACAUCAUUUUGUUACCAUCAUUCAAAGCCUUUAAAAAAAAAUCUACAUAUAUAUAUAUGGCUCUGGUGUCAUUCUCCUUUGGACAAUCCUGUUGGUUCGAAAAUGUUACGGUGAAACCUACUGUGCUGUUCAAAUGCAUACAGGAUCAGUGCAAGUGCAGAAAACAAAUGACUAGGCCUACAUUUUUUUAAAUAAUAAAAACAUGUAUGAAAUUUGUAACUUGAGUUUUUGUACUUCUAUUAAAUAUGUCUCAAUGACAAAUUCAUGGAGUUACAGUAUAAGCUACACUGUUGGUUUUGUUUGUGGCCUUGUUAUCAAAAACAAGUAAAGUGUUAUGUGGAGUUCACCAAAGAUGUGGUCAAGACAAAAUGUCAGGGACUUCAGUGUAAUAUGAAACAUGCAAGUUGUUUUUUGUUUUUUCAAGAGUUGCUUAUUGUGUAGUUGUCUGAGUUAAUUUGAAUAAAGAGCAUUUGACAUGUUCUGUCUAAUAAAACAAGUGCUACAUGGCAA